GGGGCUCUCAGGUCCCUCCCUCCUGCCCCUCCCCAGCAGCUGAAGGAAGCCCCUUUUGCCAGAGGACAGGUUUCUGUACCCCCUUGGGAAUGGGCCCCUGAUCCAUCCGGAAGCAGGCAGUUCGGGGCCUGUGGGAGUAGGGGAGCUGAGGGCUCCAGGGCCACUGGCAGUUGGGCUGUGGAGCCACGAGGUUCUGGGGAGAGAAGGAAGGUUCCAGAACAGCCCCGCUGGCCCCGCACACCUGCCUCCUUGGGGACCCUGGGAAGGCAUCUGGACUAGGGCAGCAGCUCAUCCCUUGACACCUGAGGCCUGGAGUCUUCACGGGACUUCCUCUCUCUGGCCCCUGCCGCCCUGGUCUGUGCCCAGGUCUCGGCAAUCUCAGAGGCCCCACGCGCGGGUCAUAGCCUCGGGCAGAGUGGCUGGUGCAGCCCAGGCAGCCAUGUCAGGUGAGCCAGAGCCGAGGGCGGGGAUUGGAGGUUGGGGGCCCAUGGAGGGCCCUGCCAUGGGUGUGGGGGUGGAGGCAGCUCUGCUUCUGACCCCAGGGCUCCCUCUGGAGCUGGCCGGGUGGGGUGCUGCCAUGCUGCUGCCGCCCAGUGCUGUGUGUCUUCAGGCCCUGGACUUCUCUGAGCUGAGCCCAUUGGGAUUCUGUAUGUUCUGUAUGACUCAGGGAGACGCGUUGGGCUCUGGAUGGUGGGCGAGGGUCCUGCAGGGAUUUGGGGCCCUGUUCCUAUAAGCUCCACUGCGAGCUGGGCCCCGAGGGGCGAACUUCUAAGAUGCUUCCUUGCAGAGCUGGCUGACAGCAGCCCCUCAGGGGCCUCGGCCCCUUCCCAGCCGAGCGCCGUCACCCUGGAAGACCUGGGGCUCCUCCUGGCUGGAGGCCUGGCCAGCCCUGAGCCCUUGAACCUGGAAGAGCUCUCCGAGAGGUACGAAUCCAGCCACCCAACAUCCACGGCCUCCGUUCCCGAGCAGAACACCGCCAAGCGCUGGAGCCAGCUGGAGCAGUGGGUGGUGGAGCUGCAGGCCGAGGGGGCCCGUCUGCGGGUGCACAAGCAGCGCUGUGAGCGCGCCACGUGGAGCCUGCUGGGCGCGCUGCUGCAGGUGCGGGCCCGCCUGGAGCUGCAGGGCUCGGAGCUGAGGCAGCUGCGGCAGGAGGCGUGGCCGGCGGCCCAGGCCCCCGAGAAAGAGGCACUGGAGUUCUCUGGCCUGCAGAACCAGAUGCAGGGCCUGGACAAAAGGCUGGUGGAGGUCCGGGAAGCCUUGAGCCAGCUCCGGAGGAGGCAGGCACAGCUGGAGGCAGAGUGGAAGGGCGCCGAGCAGGAGGCCGGCCUCAGGCUGGCCAAGCUGACCGACUUGCUGCGGCAGGAGGAGGAGGGCCGGGAGGUGGCCUGCAGCGCCCUGCGGAAGGACCAGGAGGACAGCAGCCGGAGGGUGGACCUGGAGGUGGCCAGGAUGGAGGCCCAGAUGACCAGGCUCGGCGAAGAGGUGAGCCUGCGCUUCCUGAAGAGGGAGGCCAAGCUGUGCGGCUUCCUGCAGAAGAGCUUCCUGGCCCUCGAGAAGAGAAUGAGGGCCUCAGAGAGCUCGAGGCUGAGGCUGGAGGGCAGCCUGCGGGGCGAGCUGGAGAGCCGGUGGGAGAAGCUGCGGGGACUGAUGGAGGAGCGCCUGCGGGCCCUGCGUGGGCAGCGUGAGCAGGAGAACCACCUCCUGGAGCAGUGCCAGGGCCUAGAUGCGGCUGUGGCCCAGCUCACCAAGUUCGUGCAGCAGAACCAGGCGUCGCUGAACCGUGUCCUGCUGGCCGAGGAGAAGGCCUGGGACGUCAAGGGGCGCUUGGAGGAGAGCCAGGUCGGGGAGCUGACCGCCUAUGUGCAGGAGAACCUGGAGGCCGCGCAGCUGGCGGGGGAGCUGGCCCGGCAGGAGAUGCACGGCGAGCUGGCACUGCUCCGAGAGAAGAGCCAGGCUCUGGAGGCGUCAGUGGUGCAGCUGGCCGGGCAGGUAAAGGAGCUGAGUGGCCGCCUCCCAGCCCUGAGCAGCCGGCUGGACCUGCAGGAGCAGAUGCUGGGCCUCAGGCUGUCCGAGGUCAAGACUGAAUGGGAAGGUGCAGAGAGGAAGUCCCUGGAGGACCUGGCCAGAUGGCAGAAGGAGGUGGCCGCGCACCUGCGGGUUGUGCGGGAGAAGCUGGACGGCCUCCCCCAGAAGAUAGAGGGCAUCUCAGACAAGUGCCUGCUUCACAAGAGCGACUCGGACCUCAGGAUUUCUGCCGAAGGCAAGGCCAGGGAGUUGGAGGUGGGGGCCCUGCGGCAGGAGCUGGCCACGCUGCUGUCAUCCGUGCAGCUGCUGAAGGAAGACAGCCCCGGGCGGAAGAUCGCGGAGAUGCAGGGCAAGCUGGCCACGUUUCAGAACCAAAUAAUGAAGUUGGAAAACUGCAUCCAGGCCAACAAGACCAUCCAGAACCUCAAGUUCAACAGCGAGGCCCGGCUGCGCACGCAGGAGGUGGCUGCCCUGAGGGAGACCGUGCUGCGGCUGUGGAGUGAGAAGGGCCCUCAGGCACCACUGGACAGCCGAAAGGCGCUUCCGUCCCUGGCGAGGCAGCGGGUCUUCAUCAAGGACUCGGCGCCCGGCAAGGUGGCACCUGUGAACUGCUGGGGCGUGUACCAGGCCAUGAGGUGGGCAGCAGGGAUUCUCGAGCGGCCUCCUGGACCUUUGGGUCAGGGUUCGGGGUUGGGGGUCCCAAGGGGAGUAGGGCAGGAGUGCAGGGGCCACGUGCCACAUCUCUGGACAGGUGGCUGCAGUGGAAGGUGUCUCUCACAAAGCUCAGGGCCCAUCAGAGGCCAGGAGGGGUCCCAGAGAAGCCCCACAGCCGGGAGCAGGUGCAGCAGCUCCCACCCUUGCUCUUUAUCCAGAAGUAAACGUGCUGGCCUUGUUCUCAUUAGAGCUGAGGUUCCCUGACGCCUGCCGGGGGGCCUUCCCAGGGCCUGUGGUGCCGAAAGGGGUGCUGAGGCCCCGGGCAGCGGGCUGCCCAAGCCUGGGGGGGCCCAGUCCCUCGACCCCCACGACCCUUCCUGUGGUGAGAGGCCCGGCCCGGCCGCAGGCCUUUGCUUUUCAUGGCACUCCAGCCCCUCUCCCUCCCUGCCGGGCCCCCUAGGGCUGCCAGAGCCCCCUGGGAUAGAAGCGGCUGGGCCGGGGCUUGCACAGAAGCACCCAGGCCAGUCCCCGCCAGAACCCGCCACGAGCUGCCCCUGCCUGGGUUGUGAGGAGGACUCGGGGAAGCUGCCUGGCCUGCCUCAGGCUCCCUGCUCUGCCUCGAAGCCCCUCCAGCCCGGCGCCCCUGCAGGGAAGCGCCUUCUAGCAUCUGGGGAGGAAACAGCCCUUGUUGGCUCUUUCAGUCAGGCAGUGGUCCUUUUCCUGCCUCUCCAGGAAAGCCCUCGCUCAUCCUGUGGUUGCUGGCCCCACCAC